AUGCUCGCCAACAUCUUCUGCCUCAUUGCUUUCGCCGCCGCUGUCGCCAUGGCUGCGCCCCAGCUUAACCGAGAUCCCAAUAACAACGGCGACCGAACGGCUCAAAUGGCGCGCGUCAAGGAUCUCCGCAACAAGGGCCUCACGUGUAAUAAGGCUGCUCAGGAAACUUUUUUAAUAUCUUUGGUGAAGGAAAUUGCUUGA